UCCCCUAAAACCCACUGCUUAGCGAACAGAACAGCGGAGCUCUUUUCUCUUGUUUGUUCUCUGAGGCCAAGCAUCAAACAGUUAAGCUACAUACACAAAUGGGAGGCGGCGGCGGCAGAGGCAGAGGAGGUUCUCGCACUCAGCGACGCCACUUCCGUCAGAACAGAGAGAACGUUUGGAAACGUCCCAAGUCUGACCCUUCUUCUGAGAACAACCCGGAAAACAAUGGUGAAAAUCGUGGCUGGCAGCCCUUUGCCACUCAGAAUCCCGCAUUCGAUGAAUAUUAUAAGGAGCAAGGGAUAGUGACCCCAGAAGAGUGGGAUGGAUUCAUUGAAGUUCUUCGAAAGCCGUUGCCUGCUGCUUUUAGAAUCAAUUCAAGUAGCCAAUUUUGUUCGGACAUCCGAACCCAGUUGGAGAAUGACUUUAUGAUAUCUCUUCAAGCUGAGGUAAGUGAGGGGGGUGAACUGGUGCCUAUUAGGCCAUUGCCUUGGUACCCUGAGAAUCUUGCUUGGCAUUCAAAUUUUUCUCGCAUGCAGCUGAGGAAGAACCAAACACUUGAGAGGUUUCAUGAGUUCUUAAAGCUUGAAAAUGAGAUUGGAAACAUCACAAGACAGGAGGCUGUCAGCAUGGUACCUCCUCUAUUCCUUGAUGUACGUCCAGAUCAUUUUGUACUUGAUAUGUGUGCUGCACCAGGUUCAAAAACAUUCCAAUUGCUUGAGAUUAUACACCGAUCAACAAAACCCGGAUCCCUACCUGAUGGACUGGUUGUAGCAAAUGAUCUUGACGUCCAAAGAUGUAAUCUACUCAUCCAUCAAACAAAAAGAAUGUGCACAGCCAACUUGAUAGUCACAAAUCAUGAAGCUCAGCACUUUCCUGGAUGCCGUUUAAAAAAAAGUUGUUCUACUGCUUCUGAAAUAGGAGCUGAAAAGGAGCCACCCAUCAGCCAACUUGUCUUUGAUCGUGUUUUAUGUGAUGUCCCUUGCAGUGGAGAUGGUACCCUUCGCAAGGCUCCUGAUAUCUGGAGGAAAUGGCAUGUUGGAUUGGGCAAUGGGGUCCAUCCUCUACAAGUUCAGAUAGCUAUGCGAGGUUUAUCUUUGCUUAAAGUUGGUGGAAGAAUGGUUUACUCUACCUGCUCCAUGAAUCCUGUUGAGAAUGAGGCUGUGAUUGCUGAGAUUUUGCGGAAAUGUGAUGGGUCUGUUGAGCUUGUUGAUGUCUCUAGUGAGCUUCCUCAACUUGUUCGGCGGCCAGGUCUUAAAAAGUGGAAGGUACGUGACAAGGGUAGGUGGUUAGUUUCCCACAAAAAUGUCAGCAAAUAUCGCAAAUCUGUCAUUGUUCCCAGCAUGUUUCCUUCUGGAAGAAGGUUUACAGAACCAACAGACCAUAAUGGUAGUAUGGAAGUGGAAGAAAAGCAUGAGAAUGGUGGAAAUGGAAAUGUUGAAGAUGCAUUGGAGUCAAGUGAUGAUCCUGCAACUCUAGCCAAUGAACAAGAUGAGGAAGUUUCUGAUUUUCCACUAGAAUGCUGCAUGAGGAUAGUGCCGCAUGAUCAAAAUGGUGGAGCUUUCUUCAUUGCUGUCUUCCACAAACGUUCUGAUUUGCCAGCCAAUCAGGGAAAACCUAAUAGUCUGGAAGGGGACUUGGGCCCUAGGAAUGAUGAGCCACAGGUACAAUUACAAAAUCAGAGCACUGAAGAUACAAAUGGGAUUGUGGCUAGUUUAGCAGAUGGUACAGAUGAGACAUUUUCUGAAGCAGCUUCAGAGGCAGAGUUGAUAAAGGAUGAACUAGAUGGGGAUUCUUUGGAACUUGAUCCAUCCGUUACAUGUGAAGAAAAUGUAAAUGUAUCGGAGGAAGCCCAAGCACCUAGUGAUAAGGAAAUUGAUCCCAAGAAAGCUGGAGGAAAGAGGAAGUUGCAGACUCAAGGCAAGUGGAGAGGUGUUGACCCUGUUGUUUUCUUUAAAGAUGAAGCCACCAUCAAUAGCAUAAAGACAUUCUAUGGCAUUGAUGAAUCAUUUCCCUUUAAUGGCCACCUUGUCACAAGAAACAGUGAUGCUAAUCAUGUGAAGAGAAUUUACUAUGUCUCAAAGUCAGUCAAAGAUGUUCUUGAACUGAAUUUCUCUGUUGGACAGCAACUUAAGAUAACCUCCAUUGGGCUAAAGAUGUUCGAACGACAAACUGCAAGAGAAGGAAAUUUGGCUCCCUGUUCAUUUCGGAUAUCAUCAGAAGGAUUGCCACUUAUUCUUCCAUACAUCACCAAACAGAUUGUAUAUGCAUCCCCGGUGGACUUUAAGCAUCUUCUUCAAUAUAAAAGUAUCAAGUUUGCAGAUUUUGUUGAUGCUGAGCUCGGUCAGAAAGCAUCAGGCUUAAUGUCAGGAUGCUGUGUAAUAGUUUUGAGGAAAGAUGGCAAAGCCUCGUCGGAUUCCAUUGAAGUAGAUGAGUCAACAAUAGCCAUUGGAUGCUGGAAAGGUAAGUCCAGUUUGUCUGUGAUGGUCACUGCAAUUGACUGCCAAGAACUGCUAGAAAGGCUUUUGAUGCGCAUGGAAACUGAGAAGGGAUCUUUGGAGAAGAAAGACGAAGCCUCUAAUGCCAAGGGGGAUGAGGAACAGGAUAUAGAGGAUAUGGAAAAGAAUGGUGACGAGGAAAGUAUCACACUGGAGACUGAGGGUUAAGCGACAACUUCUGGGCUUCCAGAUUUCCAUUGUUGUACUCUAAUUUCAUAAUUUAAAACAGGUGUUUUAAUUGAUAUGCCAUGACUUCAUUUUAUCUUUAA